AAUAUACAGAGACACUUGAAAUAAAAAAUCAUUUCGACGUGGCAUAUUGUCUACACUAAAACGUAGCAUUAAAGUUCCAAAAAAUACUGAAGAAUAAAAGAUGAUUUACGCCUUUAUUCAUCUUUUUGCAUCUAUUGCACUAUUCACGUUAACAAUAAAGGCUGAACAAUAUUUGACUAAUUCAGACGGUUAUGGAGAAACUGAUAGUGAACUGGUUUCUGUUAAACAUUCAAUUCAUAGAAGAAGUCUACCUGAAGUUGUAAUUAAUAUUACAAGCAGAGGCAUUGAAAAGGAAUUUAUUUUACAGUCAUCAGAUGGAUUUUUUGCUGGUAAGGAUACUAAAAUCUGGGUAGCAAAAAAUGAAGGAGGCAAAUUGAAGUAUACACUGCAAAAGGAUAUUAUGGAGGAAGUGAAUAUAACAUUUUACCAUGAUAUAAAAACAAAAUCCGCAAUAGCACACACUGUAAAUGAAGAUGGUGUUUCAAAAUUCGAUGGUGUUAUUGAUUCUAAAAUAAUACGAUCAUUAAAUAAUCACGAUCGCAAACGUCGAGAUGUUUCAUCAAAAUUACAGUACGAAUCAGAAAACAAUGGUAGCAAAAAUUAUCACCUACUUUAUAAACGAGAUUCUUCUUUAUCGAACCAUAAUAACUACCAACAAACUGAUGACAGGAUUAAUGAAUAUAGGCAGAGAAAGGAAGAUUCUUUAAAUACUCCGGAAAUUGUCUAUCCGGAAAUUUUAGUCUACGUAGAUAAAACAGUGUUUGAAGAUCAUGAAAAAAAUAUUGUCAAAACAGUCGCUUAUGUUCUAACUCUUUUCAAUGGAGUAGAUCUUUAUUAUAGAGACAUGGACGAUCCCGCAAUUCGUUUAAGCAUCGCUGGAAUUGUUUUGUGUGAGGAUCAAAUAAAUACAAAAACGUUGGACGGGAGAACUAUUAACACAACUGUCUUGUGGGAUUUUGGAAAAUUUCUUUAUAGUGAAAAUCAAUUUAAACUAUCAAUUGAUUACGAUGUUGGUGUUUAUUUACUUAAUCCAAGUGAAUACAGUGCAACGAAAGGUAUUUCACCAAUAGCAAAUGUUUGUUUUAAUGAUGACAUAGAAAAGACGGUUAAAUCAAUGAUGAUUACUUCAGAUGAAGGAACCCUUAAUGGAAUUCGUAUUGCUGCACAUGAAUUAGGUCAUUUAUUUGGUAGUGAGCAUGAUAACGCGUCGGUACAAGAAUGUUCUUUUAUGAAAGGUUUUGUUAUGAGUUAUAACAUAUACGACCAAAAUCAAUUUUUCUUUUCACCAUGUUCCAAAGAAAAGAUAAAAUGGCAUUUCAGCCAAGAGAAGUCUAGGUGCAUUCUCAAUAAUCCAGCCGAUAAAAGAACUGAUAAACAAAUUUUGAGAGUUUUGCCUGGACAAUAUAUGACAUUAGACGAACAAUGUCAAAAAAAUGGACACAGUAAUGCAUCUUCGGUUAAUCUAGAUAUUUGCUUAGAAAUAAACUGCUUCGAUGGGAGAAGUUCCAGUUAUGUAGAUGUUGCUGCACUAGAAGGCACCCCUUGUGACUUUGGAAAAUACUGCUUAAGGGGAGAGUGUGUGGAUGUUCCAUUUAACAAUAGUGACAAGAAUUCAGAUUUAAAGAAUUUAUUUCCAUUUAAAUACCAAACGCGUAGAAGUAAAAAAACUGCUGAAGAACAGUGUGUUAAAUAUAGAAAUGAGAUUGCUAUCAAAGCUUUCUUUUAUAUUUGUAAAGUAAAGUGCGUUAUUAAAACAGAUACGCUCGACUUUAAACCGACAGAAUAUACUGCAGAUGAUGGAACCCCUUGUAGUAAGAACGGAAUCUGUCAACAAGGACGAUGUAUAGACGAUACUUAUCAAUUGGCUAAUGAUCAUUGUAGAAAAGCUGGAGCAACAGGUUUUAGUAAUUAUUCUGCCAAAGAAUGUACCUUUAACUGCAAAAUAGUUACUUACAAUGUUUCUGAAUAUUUUUUGAGUUACGAUCACGACAAAGUAAUAAAAAUCAAGGAAACAUUUGCUCCCGAUGGACAUCCUUGCAAUAAUAGUGGAUACUGUCAAGAUGGUAAAUGCAUUAAUAUGACAUUUUCUACUGGCAUUGUUGAUCCUAGUACUUUCGUCGAUGAACGGUAUGGUCAAUUCGCGUCAUCUUUUAAACGUUGUCAAGAGAUUGGAUAUUCUUGGAGUUAUGAUUAUAACAACGGAUGCAUUAGUGUUUGCGAGAAAAACAAAUAUGAUAUAAAAUAUUUGAAUGCAGAAAAUGGCUUAUCUUGUAAUAACAGUGGAUAUUGUCACAAUGGCAAAUGUGUUAAUAUGACAGCUAUUACAAGUAGCACAAGUAGUACAAGCAGCACAAGUAGUACCACUACUAGUGCUUCAACUUCUCUCAUAGAUGUAUUACCUAAAGAGUUUAAAACUCCCAAGGAACAAUGUGAAGAUCGUGGGUUAAUUUUUUCAGAAACUAAUUAUAUCAAUGGAUGCAGUUUUAGAUGUGAUUAUGAUUAUCUUGAUUAUGACUAUAACAUUAUUUAUGAAGAGGUUUAUGCUAUAAAUGGAAGUCCUUGCUUUAUAAAUAACGCAACUAAAGGAUAUUGCUUUGAAGGUUCGUGCAUUAAGGUGGAACUUGAUUCAACUACUGUUCGCAUUGUUGAUUCAACAACUUCUUCAACUAAAUUACCUGUCAAUUUAAAAUCUCCGAUUGAAGAAUGCACUGAUGCUGAAUUUAUUUUCUUCGUUUCUCUUAUUGAAUUUGACUGUACUGUUGUCUGCUCCAAUAUGACUGACAUUGAUGAAUUUGAAUAUGAAUACGAUGAUUAUGAAGAUGAUUCUGAAACAAGUAUUUAUCAAGAUAUAUCUCGACCAGAUGGAAUUCCUUGCAAACAUAAUGGACAUUGCUUAGAUGGAAAAUGUGCUAAUAUGAUAAUCACAGAUCCUAAUGAAAAAGCAAAAAUGUGGGAUUUCGAUGAAUUAAAAGUUUUUAAAAGUAAUAAACGAGGGGCAAUAAAACCUGAAGGAGACGAAAAUGAUUCAAAAUUAUUAAACAAUGGAAAAAAUGAAAAACAGCAUAAUGUUUCUAUUGAUUUUUCCGAUGUCGACGACGUUGUCAAAGAAUUUGCAGAAAACAUAGAUAUAUUUUUGUAGAAUAUUUUUAUUCUUCUAUGAAUGUUUUUCAUAUGCAAGACAAAAAUUAAUUAUUUGGAUUAAUUAAUUUUUUUCACGACUAAGCAAAGCGAAUUAAAGUACUAAAAUAAUAAUUGUUUCAAACAUUUCUCCGAUUCAUAAUUAGAAAAAUAAGUUACCUAC